CUGAGCGGAGCCCGCCCGGCCCCGCAGGACUUUGCCCGGGCCCUCCCCGCCGCGGCCGGUGCGGGGCUGGAGGAGCCGCGCCGUCGGGGCUCCGCGCAGUCGGCUCUGCCCGACGGCCGCGGGGCAGCUCAGCUCCUCGCCGCGGUGCAGCUUCCCGCGGGAGGCCCGGAAGAUGCUGCCGCUCUGGCUCGUCCUGGUGGGACUGCUUCUGGCGGCCGGCCCGGCCUCUUCCCACCGCGGGGAUGUGGAGCCAGAGCUGUUUGAGAGCCCGCUGCUGGAGUCGGAGGAGGAACACCUCCUGUUGGACCCGGGCAAUGCACUGAAGCUGUAUUGCGAUGCUAACCAGAGCGGGUCCAGCGUGGUCUGGUACAAGGAGUCGCGGCCACUGCUCCCGGGGCCCCGCGUCCGCCUCCAGCAGAGCGUAUUGGAGAUCACCGAGGUUGCCUACGAGGACUCGGGGCUCUACGUGUGUCGGGCGCGGGGCUCCGGGGAAGUCCUGCGCAACCUCACCAUCUCUGUAGGGGACUCGCUGGCAUCGGGUGAUGAUGAUGAAGACAGCGAUGGGGAUGGUCCCCACGGAGAUCGCAGCGAGGAGCCCGUCUAUGUGCACAGAGCACCAUACUGGACUCACCCACACCGCAUGGACAAGAAGCUGUAUGCUGUCCCUGCGGGGAACACGGUCAAGUUCCGCUGCCCAGCCUCGGGCAGCCCCAGUCCCAGCAUCCGCUGGUUCAAGAACGGGCGUGAGUUCCGGGGGGAGCACCGCAUCGGGGGCAUACGGCUCCGGCACCAGCACUGGAGCCUGGUGAUGGAGAGUGUGGUGCCCUCCGACCGUGGCAACUAUACCUGUCUGGUGGAGAACAGCUUCGGCAGCAUCCGCUACAGCUACCUGCUGGACGUGCUGGAGAGGUCUCCGCACCGGCCCAUCCUGCAGGCGGGGCUGCCUGCCAACACCACUGCCCUGGUGGGCAGCGACGUGGAGUUCUUCUGCAAGGUGUACAGCGACGCCCAGCCCCAUAUCCAGUGGCUGAAGCACAUUGAGGUGAAUGGCAGCAACUACGGCCCUGAUGGGGUGCCCUACGUGCAAGUGCUCAAGACGGCAGAUAUCAACAGCUCCGAGGUGGAGGUGCUGUACCUGCGCAAUGUCACCAUGGAGGAUGCAGGAGAGUACACCUGCCUGGCAGGGAACUCCAUCGGCCUCUCCUACCAGUCGGCGUGGCUCACUGUGCUCCCGGAAGAAGAGCUGGUGCAUGAAGCUGAGGCCCCCGAGGCCAAGUACACCGAUAUCAUCAUCUACACGUCAGGCUCGCUGGCUGUGGCCAUGGCCCUCAUCAUUGUGGUGCUGUGCCGCAUGCAGACACUGUCGAGCAAGCAGCCCCUGGAGCCCAUGGCAGUGCACAAGCUCUCCAAAUUCCCACUCAUCCGACAGUUCUCCCUGGACUCCAGCUCAUCAGGGAAGUCCAGCACGUCGCUGAUGCGAGUCACCCGCCUCUCCUCCAGCUGUGCCCCCAUGCUGGCGGGUGUCGUCGAGCUGGACCUGCCCCUCGAUUCCAAGUGGGAAUUUCCCCGAGAAAAGCUGGUGCUGGGGAAGCCCCUGGGCGAGGGCUGCUUUGGGCAGGUGGUGCGGGCGGAGGCAUACGGCAUCGACAGGCAGUGGCCGGACCGAGCCAUCACUGUGGCUGUCAAAAUGCUCAAAGACAAUGCCACCGACAAGGACCUGGCUGACCUCAUCUCCGAGAUGGAGAUGAUGAAGCUGAUGGACAAGCACAAGAACAUCAUCAACCUGCUGGGAGUGUGCACGCAGGAUGGGCCCCUCUAUGUGAUAGUGGAGUUUGCUGCCAAGGGCAACCUGCGCGAGUACCUGCGGGCCCGGCGGCCCCCCACGCCUGAUUACACCUUUGACAUCACGGAGCUGCAUGAGGAGCAGCUCUGCUUCAAGGACUUGGUGUCCUGCGUCUACCAGGUGGCCCGCGGCAUGGAGUACCUGGAGUCCAGGCGGUGCAUCCACCGCGACCUGGCUGCGCGCAAUGUCCUGGUCACAGCAGAAAAUGUGAUGAAAAUUGCUGAUUUUGGCUUGGCCAGGGAUGUCCAUGACAUUGAUUACUACAAGAAAACCAGCAAUGGCCGCUUGCCUGUCAAGUGGAUGGCACCUGAGGCACUGUUCGACCGUGUCUACACCCACCAGAGUGACGUGUGGUCUUUUGGGAUCCUGAUGUGGGAGAUCUUCACUCUGGGUGGCUCCCCGUACCCUGGCAUCCCCGUGGAGGAGCUCUUCAAGCUGCUGAAGGAGGGGCACCGUAUGGACUGCCCAUCCAACUGCACCCAUGAGCUGUACAUGCUGAUGCGGGAGUGCUGGCACGCGGUCCCCUCGCAGCGGCCCACCUUCAAGCAGCUGGUGGAGGGGCUGGACAAGAUCCUGGCGGCCAUCUCGGAGGAGUACCUGGACCUCUCCAUGCCCUUCGAGCAGUACUCGCCCUCCUGUGAGGACACCACGAGCACCUGCUCCUCUGAUGACUCUGUCUUCACCCACGACCCAUUGCCGCUCGCUCCCUGCCUCUUUGCCUGCCCCAGUGGCAGGACUUAGGGGCAGCAGGGCCAGGCGAUGCCAGCAGGUAUCCACACAGGGCUGUUCCCCACUUCUCUGGGCCUCCACUUGUUGGGGACUGAGCUCCUCCUCAACGGUUCUGCUUCGAGUCUGCAGCCUCACAGGGGUGGGCAUCACCCUGGGGCCCCCUGGCAUCGCCUGGAGAGUCAGCUGUUGUCCAAUGCUUCAGUGGAAGUGGCUCCUGGGCGGAGCCCCGCUGCCUGCCUCUGUACAUAGCCAUAGAGAUGAAUAUUUAUGUACAUGAAA